UUCUAUUCGUAGUCACUUAAAUUAGUUUAACAGUACAAGUUUGGUCACUUGCUGUUAGUCUUUGUUAACUUUUGCUGAUGUGGCUGUCAACUCUCAUAGUUGACCUUUAAAUAAGUGACGUGGCAGUUAAAAAUAAUGAAAAUUAAUAUUUUAUAAAUACCACCUCAUUAUAACAAUAUAUGAUUUUUUAUGGGUAUUAUAACAACAAAUUAAGAUAAAUAAAUAAAAAAAAUUAUAACUACCAAAAUUGAAUACACACCUUUUUCGUCGUUCUUCCCAGAACUUCAAACCCAAAUUCAUCUUUCACCUUUUUUGUCGUUCUUCCCAGAACUCCAAACUCAAAAUCAUCUUCUCCACACGACUGAAAGUGAUUCUGUUGACCACAACACCGGUGGCGAUGCAGGUGGUCUCAAGGAGAAUGCAGGUUGGUAUCAUUUUAAAGACUAACGUGAACUUUUAUAGUAAUUAUAGGGACCAAACUUGCAAUUUACCCAACUUUCAACAGUUGGUUUUGGUGCGGGAGUGAUCCAAUUUUUUUAAACCCUAAACCCCAUAGCUGGACUGAAUACUCUGUUCGGCAGUUGGAACUGUAACAAUGGGGUUUUUCGAUCUGAACAUCCCUUACGAGACCUCGCAAUCAUCCAAGGCUACGCGGAUGAAGCUCGUAAUCAAGGCCAUGGAGCUCGGCUACAGCGGCGUCGCUUACAAUCGGAUGAUGAGAGGCGUGAUGUCCGAUCACGACCGGUGCUCUAUCCCGUUCUUGUCUUUCUCAUCUCUACUCAGUCUCGUUCCUUCUCUCGCAUCCUCAGUCAGUUUCCACCGUGAGCUGCUCGGAGUUCCACGCAACACGCCCUUCCGUCAGUACACUCGUCUGACGGUCUGCGUGGAUAGUCCGGCGCAAGCACAGGUGCUUAAUAGCGGAAAUCCUAUCUUGAAGAGCUAUGAUGUUGUGGCUGUGAGGCCGACGAAUCAAGUUGCAUUCGAUCAUGCAUGUGAGAAGUCGGAGGUGGACUUGAUUGCUAUUGACUUCUCCGAGAAGCUGCCUUUCAGGUUGAAGAUGUCAAUGGUUAAAGCUGCGGUUGAGCGUGGCGUUUAUUUUGAGAUAAUGUACUCUGACCUUAUUGCGGAGAGAAGGCAGAUGAUUCCCAAUGCUAAGUUAUUGGUUGAUUGGACGCGGGGCAAGAAUCUCAUUUUUUCUAGUGCUGCUUCUUCUGUAAAUGAAAUUAGAGGGCCAUAUGAUGUUGCAAAUUUAUUAUCGAUGUUGCUGGGCCUCUCUAUGGAACGAUCCAAAGCAGCCAUUUCCAAAAAUUGUAGAAGUCUUCUAACUAAUUCCUUAAGGAAAAGGAACUUCUACAAGGAAGCUAUCAGGGUGGAGCCUUUAUCAAAUGGACAAACAUCCGACUCAAAGAAUCCCUUUUCUGCGGAUUGGCUUAUGUGGGAUCCCAUCUCUAGUGGGGAAGGUGAUUUACAGUUAGAUGAUGUGCCAGUGGCAGUGAAGGCGUCAAAAACCAUGAAAGCAAUUGACUUCGAUUCAAUUAUUGAUAACACCUCUUCACUUGGUGGACGCUUUCAGAUGGGUUCCACGUCCCUUGUGUUAACUCCCACUACUGUUGAAGUGCCUGAGAAGCUUGAUGGAGAUCAUCCCUCGACUUGUCAGAUGUCAGAUGCACCAUCACAGAAUCAAAUUUCUGGUUCUGAAAACUGUCAGGAAGUCAGUUUACCUGAUGCUGAGACAAUAGCUAUUUCUUCUUCUAACGAGAUUAGGAGCCCAACAAGCACCGGCGGGAAAGAAGCUGCAAUCUUGGAUGGCUUAGGGAACUCAGUUUCGCCAGCUAAAACUGAAGGAUAUGAUUCGCCUUCACAAAAAAUCUCCUCUGUAUCAAAUUCUCAAAAUGAUAAUACGGUCUAUCGCACAUCUGUGAUGCCUAUUGAGGUAUCCGGGAGCACAGACGUUCUUUCUCAAAUUGACAAGUCUACAAAGUCGCAAGACUUUGACAUUGAAUUGCAUGCAAAGAUUGUUGUUCAUCAAGAUAUUGAGGCGAUCUUAGAACCCCAGAAAGAUUCACAGGAUUGCACGAAUCCUUCAGGCACUGAACUGAUUGAAUCUGAAAACAAUACAGUUUCAGUUGAGAAUAAGUUUUCUCUCCCUCUAUCGUCCGACAUCAUUCCUAGGGAUGCUUCACGAACUGCAAAUUAUAGUUCAAUUGUAGAUGUUCAAAUGAAGGAGGUAGAGCAGACAGAAGUCAACAGAGAUAUUAUCCUCCUUUCAGAUGAUGAUGUUGAAGAUGACUCUCAAGUUGCAAGUUUUCUGCCCUCUGAGGAUCAGAAUUCUCAAGAACAACACCAUGGAAAGGAUGAAGGCAAAAAUUUGACCUCAGUGCCAUCUUCAGGAAGAACGAGAGCAAAAUUGAAGAAAACGAUGGUGUUACUACCUUUCAAGCGGUUGUUGCAUCCUAUAGCUUUCAAGAAGAAGGGCAGGAGAUCUGAGCACAGAAGGAUGUUGGCAUAGUUGGAAAUGCAGUCGGCACAACUGUAAGAUUGCAGUACAGGUUAAACGAAAUUUCCCUGUAUUCUCUGUUUUUAUUUUUAUUUACUGAAGCCGACAAAAUGGCUUAUCUAGCCGAUAGAUUCGUGACACAAGAUUAUAUGAAGCAGCGAACUCUGCUAUAUUGCAUUCAUGAAACAAGAACAGUAGAGGCCAUGAAGCCCUUUGAUACUUAAAAGAUUAGUAGUGGAUUUUGUCAUCUGAAUCUAGUAGUUCUGAAAGAGGCACAAAUAGAUGAUCCCGUUCCUACAUGUUACUGCUUCUCAUGUGGAUCCAUUAUACCGAGAAAGGGAGAGGGGAUCUACUUUUGUUUUUUAGCCACUAGCUUCAUCAUUGAGUUGGCUUCCUUUUCCCACUUCCUAGGGGCUGCUAGUAGUACACUUUUGUGUGUAGAUCCCUAUUUAGUUUACUUGGUCUGUUGAAAAAUGCCGCUUUCUGUUCUAUUAUAUGCAUAUAUUUCUUCCCUGCUACACCAGGUCUAGGUAUCAUCAAGCAGGUCUCUGCCUGUGGUCAGUGGGGGUCAUUUGCCGGAGAAUCUUUAUAGGAAAUCAUGUUCAAGCUUCGAGCAAUAUUUAAGCUGUUCAGGGGUAAUGAGUACAUGUUCACCAUGAUCAACAUUGUAUUAGUUUAAUGGUAAUUAUCUAUGGCUUGAUAUGAAAGGAGGGCAUUGAUUGAGUAGCUUUUGAUCGAAGUUUCGUGGGUAAUUAAGGGCCGACAAAGGGCCGACAAAACAUUAGGGAGCGCCGUUUUCCUAUCUCUCUGGUGUUUGUUUCAGACUAGACUCUUCUUUGCGCCUUUAGCGCUCAAGUCUAGUUAAAAUGCUAAGUCAAUCUUUGCUCAAACUCAAAAGAUUGGAGGAACUCUUUUUAGAGAUGUGUUGUUCUUACUAUUUCUGGAUUCAUAAAAGUGAGUGAGCAUAAAAGUGAGUGAGACGUUCUCCUUAUAUAAGCCUCAUCUUCAAAAUGUACGAUAAUAACUAUCUAAUUCUACG